UGUUUUGCCGAUUCGCAGGCGUGGCAACUCGCCGGCGGUUCGAGGAGUGAACCUGCGAAUAUAUUUACUCCGGAGCGAACGAAGCUGCACCAGAUAAUACUAUUCCCCGGGACAAGGCAAAGGGAACCCAGGACUAUGAGGAUUCUUCUGAUUUUGGUGGGUCUGUUGGCGCUGGCUUGCCUCGUCGCCUGCAACGCCGACGCAGAACCCCAUCUGCCCUUCCUGGGUGGUCUGGGGGGCUUCGGCGGUCGAGGCUUCGGCGGUCGAGGCUUCGGUGGACGGGGCUUCGGCGGUCGAGGCUUCGGAGGUCGCGGCUUCGGCGGUCGAGGCUUCGGCGGUCGGGGCUUCGGCGGUCGGGGCUUUAGAGGAGGCCGAGGAGGUUUCGGAAGAGGCUUUGGAGGUCAUCAUGGGUUUGGAGGCUUAACGAUCCCUAUCUUUGGCGGGCAUCAUCACUGAGCAUUCAACAUUAAUGGCAGGCGAGUCAAGAACCUCAUGGACGAUUUUUUUCCUUUCACUGUAACGAAGGGAAAGUAGCUGAUAUGGUGUGUUUUAUUCUCGCUCUGCAAUGUCUUACAAUGGUAGAUACAGUGUGUGUUAUGAUGAAUAAAGGUUUGGUAGUUUGA